GAAGUGGUGUGGCCAUGGAACCCCAUCCCCUGCCCACUCAGGCCAGCUAAUUCUAUUGGCCUGCACUUGACCUUUCCAGGAGGCCAUGGACGUAUAAAUAAUAAAGCAAGAAGGGCAGAUCCAUUUGGCCGGCACGCCGGAUCCCUCCUGGAGGAUAAUGAACCUCCCACUGGGCCUGGCCCUGUUUCUGGCUGGCCUUCUCACCACGGAAGGGCUUCUCAGGCCCAAUGUCUCUCGAAUUAGCUAUGGCGACUUGAGUCAGGUCCAAGGGCUGAAGGCAAAGAGGGUCGCCCAUGAGCUGGCAAAGCGCAACAUGGAGUUUGGCUUCAAGCUGCUCAAGAAGCUGGCCUCCAGCAGCUCCAGGCAGAACAUCUUCUUCUCCCCCAUGAGCAUCUCCAUUGCCUUCUCCAUGCUGUCACUGGGUGCCCAGGACUCCACCCUGGAGGAGAUCAAGCAGGGUUUCAACUUCAGGGACAUGCCAGAGAGAGACCUUCACCAGGGCUUCUAUUACCUCAUUCACAAGCUGAACCAGGAGAAGCGGGACAUCAAACUGGAGAUCGGAAACAUCCUGUUCCUUGAUCAGAAGUUGAAGCUACAGAGGGACUUCCUGAGAGAGACCAAAAACGUGUAUGAGGCAGAAAUAGUGCCCACCAACUUCCAGGAGCUGGAAUAUACUCAGCAGCAGAUCAACAACCAUAUCAGUCAGAAAACCCAGGGGUUAAUCAACAACCUGAUCAGGAGCAUAGAGCCUGGCACUGUGAUGCUUCUUGCGAACUACAUUUUCUUUCAAGCCAGGUGGCAACACAAAUUUGAUCCAAAAGAAACUAAAGAGGACAAUUUCUUUGUGGACAAAGGCAAGUCAGUGAAGGUGCCUAUGAUGUUCCACGGUGGCAUGUACGACGUAGGCUAUGACGACAAGCUGUCCUGCACGCUCCUGGAAAUCCCCUACCACGGCAACAUCACGGCCACCUUCAUUCUUCCCGAUGAGGGCAAAAUGAAAAACUUGGAGGAGGGCCUGCAGGUGGACAUUUUUGGCAGAUGGAAAAGAUUAAUGUCAAAAAGGGUUGUCAACGUGUUCCUGCCGAGGCUCCACAUCUCCGGUACCUAUGACCUGAAGACCACUCUGUCUCAAUUGGGCAUCAGUAAAAUCUUUGAGGAGCACGGUGACCUCACCCGAAUCUCCCCCUACCGCAGCCUCAAAGUGAGCGAGGCGGUGCACAAGGCUGAGCUGAAGAUGGAUGAGAAGGGGACACAGGGGGCAGCAGGCUCUGGAGCACAGACGCUGCCCAUGGAGACUCCGCAAAAAGUCAGGAUAAACAGGCCCUUUAUGAUGAUGGUUUAUGAGAAAUUCACACCUUCCAUGAUCUUCUUGGGGAAGAUCACUAACCCUGCUGGUAAAUAAAGGGGCGCCUUGCUUGCUGCAGAGCUUGACCAUGGCCUAAGGCUGAACCUCGGUGGGCUGGAGGCCCCGGGCACAUCCUAACCUGAUCCCUCUGGUCCCUACCUCCCAAGGCCACCAGUGAGCGCUGCUGUGGGCUCUUGGGACUCCCGUGCUCCAUGGCCUCCUGUAGAUCCCUCCCUACCCUCUGGGAUUUGGGGAUCGUGCACCACACUCCCCCACUUGCCAGUGUCCCCUCCCUGGCAGGCAAAGGGCCUUUGUUUUUUAAUAAACAACCCCUCCUCCCCAA